UCAAAUUCCUGCAGUCUCAUUGCAUUUGCUACCAGAGAAAACCAGUGAGCUUCACAUCAUAAAAAAUCCAAAAAAAUCUCCAUUUCUAGGGUUUCUUCUGUUCUCUUAACUAACAUGAGAACUCUCCAUUUCUACACUAUUCUCCUCCUUUUUCUCGGCUCCCAAACAGUCUUCUCCUGGAAAAAAGACGAGUUCAGAAACUGCAACCAAACCCCCUUCUGCAAACGCGCCCGCUCUCGUAAGCCCGGCGAGUGUUCCUUACUCGCCAAUGACGUCACCAUCUCAGACGGUGACGUCACCGCCAAGCUCAUUAAAAAUCCUCCAGAUUCAGAUCAAAUCCAGCCGUUGAUUCUCCGCCUCUCGAUUUACCAAGGCGGAAUCGUUAGGCUCAAGAUCGACGAGCCCGACUCAGUAAAAAAACGAUUCCAAGUCCCCGACGUGAUCGUUUCAGAAUUUGAGAGCAAGAAGCUCUGGCUACAGAGGAUUACGUCGGAGAUAAUCGAUGGUGAUGCUACUCCGUCGUCGGUUGUUUACUUGUCGGACGGUUACGAGGUUGUUCUCCGUCAUGAUCCUUUCGAGUUAUAUAUUCGGGAGAAAAACCGUAACGGUAAGCGUUUAAUUUCGUUGAAUUCUCAUCAGUUAUUUGAUUUUGAGCAAUUAGGAGUUAAAAAAGAAGGAGAUGAAUGGGAGGAGUCAUUUAGGAGUCAUACCGACUCGCGGCCGUACGGUCCGCAGUCUAUUAGCUUUGAUGUAUCGUUUUAUGAUGCUGAUAUUGUUACUGGUAUACCGGAGCAUGCUACAAGUCUUGCGUUGAAGCCGACUAGAGGCCCUGGAGUUGAGUUUUCUGAGCCUUAUAGACUGUUUAAUUUGGAUGUGUUUGAGUUUUUGCAUGAUUCCCCUUUCGGACUUUAUGGGUCGAUUCCGUUUAUGAUUGGUCAUGGUAAGAGUGGGAGAAGCUCCGGGUUUUUCUGGUUGAAUGCUGCGGAAAUGCAGAUUGAUGUUCUUGGAGAUGGAUGGGAUGCUGAGUCAGGGAUUUCUCUGCCCUCUAGUCAGGGGAGGAUUGAUACGUUUUGGAUGAGUGAGGCUGGGAUUGUCGAUACGUUUUUCUUUGUAGGUCCUGGUCCUAAGGAUGUUGUGAGUCAGUAUACCAGUGUGACUGGAAAUCCUUCGAUGCCGCAGCUUUUUUCGAUUGCUUAUCAUCAAUGUAGGUGGAAUUAUAGGGAUGAGGAAGACGUUGCGAAUGUGGAUUCUAAAUUUGAUGAACAUGAUAUUCCGUAUGAUGUUCUAUGGCUUGAUAUUGAGCAUACUGAUGGCAAGCGAUACUUUACGUGGGAUUCAGUGUUGUUUCCACAUCCAGAGGAGAUGCAAAAGAAAUUGGCUGCAAAGGGUAGGCACAUGGUGACUAUUGUCGACCCUCAUGUUAAGCGGGAUGAUUCAUUCUUUUUGCAUAAGCAGGCUUCUGAGAAAGGAUACUAUGUGAAAGAUUCAAAAGGGAAUGAUUAUGAUGGAUGGUGUUGGCCUGGUUCAUCUUCCUACUUAGAUAUGGUGAAUCCGGAGAUAAGAUCGUGGUGGGGUGAUAAAUUCUCCUACAAAGAGUACGUUGGUUCGACACCUUCGUUGUAUAUUUGGAAUGAUAUGAAUGAGCCUUCUGUGUUCAAUGGACCAGAGGUGACAAUGCCAAGAGAUGCUUUGCAUUAUGGAGGCGCGGAACACAGGGAGUUGCAUAAUUCCUACGGGCUCUACUUCCACAUGGCAACAGCUGAUGGGCUUCUAAAGCGCGGAGAUGGCAAUGAUCGGCCCUUUGUUUUAUCAAGAGCAUUCUUUGCUGGCAGUCAAAGGCAUGGAGCUGUUUGGACUGGUGACAACACAGCAGAUUGGGAUCACUUGAGGGUCUCAGUUCCAAUGAUUUUGACGCUUAGUAUAACUGGAAUGUCAUUCUCUGGUGCGGAUGUUGGUGGAUUCUUUGGGAAUCCAGAGCCUGAAUUACUAGUUCGCUGGUAUCAACUUGGUGCUUACUAUCCUUUCUUUCGAGCCCAUGCACAUCAAGACACUAAGAGAAGAGAACCUUGGCUGUUUGGGGACCGCAAUAGAGAGCUUAUCAGAGAGGCCAUACAUGUUCGCUAUAUGCUACUUCCUUAUUUCUACACUUUAUUCCGAGAAGCCAAUUCUAGCGGUAUUCCUGUAAUGCGUCCUUUGUGGAUGGAGUUCCCUUCCGAUGAAGCUACUUUCAGCAAUGAUGAAGCUUUCAUGGUUGGAGGCAGUCUUCUAGUACAAGGUGUCUACUCUGAACGAGCUAAGCAUGCAUCUGUCUACUUGCCUGGGAAAGAAUCUUGGUAUGGCCUUCAUACCGGGACUGCAUUCAAGGGAGGUAAAACUCACAAGCUGGACGUUUCAGAAGAUAGUGUUCCUGCUUUCCAAAGGGCUGGAACUAUUAUACCGAGGAAAGAUCGGUAUCGUCGAAGCUCCACUCAAAUGAUCAAUGAUCCUUAUACUCUGGUGGUAGCUCUAAACAGUUCUCAAGCAGCGGAAGGCGAGCUGUACGUUGAUGAUGGUGGGAGUUUUGGAUUUCUGGAAGGAGCAUACGUCCACCGCCGCUUCGUCUUCUCAAACGGAAAGCUUACAUCUAUUAAUUUGGCUCCCAACCGCAACUCUAAAUAUUCUUCAAAAUGUGUCAUUGAAAGAAUUAUACUUCUCGGAUACUCUCCCGGGAAAAAGGAGGCACUCAUAGAACCAGAAAAUCGCAAGGUUGAAAUCGAGCUUGGCCCUCUCAGGUUUCAAGCUGGUGCACCCAGUUCUUCUUUCGCAACCAUCCGCAAACCUAUGGUUCCAAUUGCAGAUGAUUGGACAGUAACAAUUUUGUAAGAAAUCAGAUUUCGGAUCUUAAAGAGGCUUAGAGAUUUUUGCAUGAUCUAUGAGUGAGCAUCACAUCUCGUCGUACGAGUUACCUUAGCUCUACGGGAAAUAUCAUUCUCAGUUCAAGCAGAAUCCGUUUAGGGAGAGGACGGCUUGAAGUCAGUCCCAUUUAGCUCUUUAAAUCACUUUAGAAUUGAAAUCUCAUGCUUCAUUUAGCUUUUCUGACUUCAUGUAAUUUUAGGGUGGUCUUAAAUAUUUUAUAGUAUCACACUUAUUUAUCAAAGGAUAUAAUAAACUGACUCCUUCCAUGUCA